UAUUCUAGUAAUUCUGUUUUAACGUCGAUGAAGCUCAGGAAACUCUUCCCCGCACCCAAUCCGGCUACCAACGGGACCGACUGUACUUCCGAGUUCUGCGAUCCCUUUGCCGACUUCUACUACCCACAAUCGCCGCCUCCGCCGACGUUACCGUUACCGUCACCUCUCGCCGUCCCCGACCAAGCCGACCAAACUCACGGCGUUUCCUCUUCCGUCAUCGUCCUCGUCACUCUCCUCGCCACCUUCUCCCUUCUCCUCGGCUACUACCUCGUCGUCGCCAAGUCCUGCCUCGGCCUCUGCAAGAGGAGAAGCGACAGCGCCAACCAGCUCGAGAAUUAUGAUUCUCAAUCAGACGGUGGAGAUCAUAAUCACGAGGAGUUCGCGGGCGAGAACCGUGGCGCCGUCGAUCAUCCCAUCUGGUUCAUCACUACUGUGGGGUUGCAGCAGUCGAUCAUAAACUCCAUAACGAUCGUAAAGUACAGAAGAAGCGAAGGGCUGAUCGAAGGGACGGAAUGCUCUGUUUGUCUGAACGAGUUUCGAGAGGACGAGACUCUCAGGCUGUUGCCAAAGUGUAGCCACGCUUUUCACAUCCCAUGUAUCGACACGUGGCUCCGGUACCACACCAACUGCCCUCUUUGCCGUGCGCAUAUUGUAAACGACACUAAUAAUGGUAAUCGUACUGGUUCCACCAAUAUUAUCAAUUCAGAUAAUCCGGUGAACCAAAAUGGUGGAGAUAUUGAUCAUCAUGGUAUUCAGGAGAUCCAUAUGGGGAAUUCUGAGAAUGGAAAUGCUGGUCAAAGGAUUGACCAAGGUGUGAAUGAUCAUUCUAAUGGGAGUUGCGUAGUUCUGGAGAGGCGAAACGACAUUAACAAUGGGGAAAUGGUGAGGGACAAGGUGAGGCUAGUGAGGUCUGUUUCGAUGGAUUCUUCGAUUCCUUCUUCUUCAUCGGUUGCGAACAAAAUGCGCGAAGUUGUUCAAAAUGGAAAGCAAGGUCUUCGAAUGAGUCCUGUUGCUAUGAAGAGGUCGUGGUCUUGUGGAGGGAGGUUUUUGUCUUCAAGACCAAACCAGAGACUGAACUCGCUUCUUCUUCCCUUGUAAAGUUGUUUUCCUCUUUUCUUUUUGCGUGGUAAAUUUUCUAAUUUGUGAGAUGUUAUAAUAGUACUUGACAUGUGCUCUCUGAUCAGUAAGUUGAGAGUAUGCCAAUUCGGGGAUUUUUUUUAUUUUUUUUCAGUAGGUAUUAAUAUACAAUGCAAUGCUACUAAUAGCCAAGAUGAAUUU